UAUAAAUAGAGAAGCAGCGGCAAGCAUCACGGUUCUCUCACCAUCGUUUUCAUCCAGACUCUCCUCUGAUUUCAAAGGCAUCUUGAUCAGAUCGCCUAUAUAUAUAAAGGUCCGUACACACGGGAUUUCUGUGUAUUGUCCUAGAAAGAGCCUUGGAAAUUUCACAAGAUUUUGAGAGAUGGGUAGCUCUGGAUUCUCAUGGAAAUUGGCUGAACACCCAAAGCUUCCAAAGGGUAAGACCAUAGCAGUUGUUGUUUUGGAUGGGUGGGGUGAAGCCAAUCCUGACAAGUACAACUGUAUCCAUGUUGCUGAAACACCGACAAUGGAUUCGCUUAAAAAGAGUGCUCCGGAGAAGUGGAGGUUGGUGAGGGCUCAUGGAAAGGCGGUGGGGCUCCCAACUGAGGAUGACAUGGGCAAUAGUGAGGUUGGUCACAAUGCACUUGGUGCUGGACGGAUAUAUGCUCAAGGUGCGAAGCUAGUCGAUCUUGCACUUGCCUCUGGAAAAAUCUUUGAAGGAGAAGGUUUCAAGUACAUCAAGGAAAGCUUUGAUACUGGCACUUUGCAUCUGAUUGGGUUAUUGAGCGAUGGGGGUGUCCACUCCCGGCUUGAUCAGUUGCAGUUGCUACUAAAAGGAGCUAGUGAGAAUGGUGCCAAAAGAAUCCGUGUGCACAUCCUCACCGACGGCCGUGAUGUUUUGGAUGGUUCAAGUGUAGGCUUUGUAGAAACACUCGAGAAUGAUCUUUCACAGUUACGGGAGAAAGGCAUUGAUGCUCAGAUUGCAUCUGGUGGUGGCAGGAUGAAUGUUACAAUGGAUCGUUAUGAGAAUGACUGGGGUGUCGUUAAACGUGGAUGGGAUGCCCAGGUUCUUGGUGAAGCUCCAUGCAAAUUUCAAAGUGCUGUUGAAGCUGUGAAAAAGCUCAGGGCGGAACCUAAGGCCAAUGACCAGUAUUUGCCCCCAUUUGUUAUAGUUGAUGAGAAUGGCAAGGCAGUCGGGCCAAUAGUGGAUGGGGAUGCAGUUGUAACAAUCAACUUCCGGGCAGACCGUAUGGUUAUGGUUGCUAAAGCGUUUGAGUAUGAAGAUUUUGAUAAAUUUGACCGUGUUCGGUUUCCAAAAAUUCGCUAUGCCGGAAUGCUACAAUAUGAUGGGGAGUUGAAGCUUCCAAGCCAUUAUCUUGUUUCUCCCCCAGAGAUAGAGAGGACAUCUGGUGAAUAUCUAGUGCAUAACGGUGUCCGCACAUUUGCAUGCAGUGAGACCGUCAAGUUUGGUCAUGUCACAUUCUUCUGGAAUGGAAAUAGAUCGGGAUACUUUAACUCAGAGAUGGAGGAAUAUGUUGAAAUUCCAAGUGAUAGUGGAAUUACUUUCAAUGUCCAACCAAAGAUGAAGGCCCUGGAAAUUGCAGAGAAGGCAAGGGAUGCCAUCCUUAGUCGCAAGUUUGAUCAGGUACGUGUCAACCUACCUAAUGGGGACAUGGUUGGGCAUACAGGUGAUAUAGAGGCAACGGUUGUAGCUUGCAAGGCAGCUGAUGAAGCCGUCAAGAUGAUCCUUGAUGCGAUAGAGCAAGUGGGUGGAAUCUAUGUCGUGACUGCAGAUCAUGGAAAUGCCGAGGACAUGGUGAAGAGAAACAAGACCGGGCAGCCUCAGCUCGAUAAAAAUGGGAAUAUCCAAAUCCUCACUUCUCAUACUCUCCAACCUGUUCCGAUUGCCAUUGGAGGCCCUGGUUUGGCGGCAGGAGUCAAAUUCCGGACGGACGUGCCCGAUGGUGGGCUUGCCAAUGUCGCAGCCACUGUGAUGAAUCUCCAUGGUUUUGAGGCGCCGAGUGACUACGAGCAAACGCUCAUUGAGGUUGUUGACAAUUGAUUUGUCAGAGUAACAAUGAUAUAAUGACUUUCCUACAUGAUUUAAGACUUUCAGUAACAUUAUAACGCUAUGAUAAGCGUCGGGGGUCUUUGUGGCGUUUAAAUAAUUUUUGAAAUCUGCUGUUUAGUGGUUAGGCAUGAUGAAUUUCGGCGCGAUUAGUAUGAGGUUUUUGAUUGAAAGUUGGCUGAAAUGUAUUUGUAUUAGAUGUUGUAUUGGAACCUUUAUGUGAGGGUUUUCCCCCACUAUUUUCCUUUUUGGGUCCAUAUUAUUUUGAUUUCUA